GAGGACUUGGGAUGAGUCGCUGGUUAGAAGCACUUUGGGAACCAAGUGCUGGUCUAUUUUCUUUGCCAGGUGGUCUUGAUAUGCUAGAUAUAAGCGGCGAUGGAGAUGCUAGACUUAUUUGUGCUGAUCUAGGACCAGUUGGAAGCGAUUCAACAAAGAUACGAGUAUAUAAAGGAGGCGAUCAGAUAACUGAACAUAACAUGAUAGAACCACCCUGUGGAGUAGUCGGUUUUUAUACGGAAAAUGGAGAACAUCGGUCAUCCGUAGUUGCUGUAGGAGCUGGAGCUAGCGUAUAUAUUUUCAAAAAUAUGAGACCAUUUUUCAAAUAUUGUCUGCCACAUAUUGAUGCUCAUCCAAAAGAACGAGAAAUUUGGCAUAAAUGCGGGUUGGACGAAGAAUUAAAUGUGUUGACUCUUGCGGAUGAUUUGGAGCUGUUACUGAAAGAACUUGGCGCAACAUUUCUCUCUCCUCGUACUUUAAAGUUUCUCUCUUUAGAUAAUAACUUACGCUUGAGUUUUGCAGAGCAAUAUAGACGGAUACCGCUUGUUAAAGCUAAUGCCUUAACGGCAAUUACGAUCAUUCGCAGAGACUCUUGGAAUGAUCCUGCUAGUAGUUGUCUCAUAUUAGGAACUGAGGCUGGUGAAGUUCUCGUCUUGGAUCCUAGAGCUUUUUCAGUCAUGGAUAAGUAUAUACUGGAAUGGCCACCAGCAAUAUUUGCCAGCUGCGGCUUAUGGACAGGUGAUGGUUAUAUAAUAAUUAUUGGAAGAGAUGGAAAAAUAGGAACAAUUAGGAGAGGAAGUUCUGUAAAACUUUGGGAAACGUUACCCGCACCUGCGGUAGCUAUUGCCGUUCUUACUUCUCAAGGAGCAGCAGUAGCUGUUAUGGAUGGUACUUUAGUGGGAUUUUCAAAAACAGGAAUAAAAUUAUGGCAUAUCAAUAUUCCCGGUAUAAUAUUAGAUCUAGUUAGCUUACCAGUACCGCAAAAUGGGCUGUCUUUGUUAGCUGUAAGCACAGUAGGCUAUGGAAUUCGCAUUUACGAUGGAAAACAUCAUGUUGAUACUGUGAAAAUUAUGGAACCUGUAUCCGCUCUUAAGUACGGACGAAUGGGACAAGAGGAACGGACAAUAGCUAUGGUCACUGUUGGGGGUGGUUUAUGUAUGAAAAUCCUAAAGCGCACUGCUGAUUUUAAUACGAAUAAUUCAAUAUCGAAUCUAUCGUCGAGUAACACAUCGAAGUUCUCGAUACCGAAGAAAACGCGAUUAUUUAUCGAUCAAACGAUAAGAGAGAGAGCCGAGGCAAAGAAGAUUCAUAACACAUUUCAGCAAGGCUUUCUCCGCUUACGUUUGACAACAGCCAAACAAGCAUCCGAACAUUUAAGCGAAAACCAAGCACUAGGAUCUAAUCCUAUCACAUUAGAAACCAAUGUUCUUGGUUUAGGUCCCAAUUACAUGAUUCGUAUUAUAAUAACAAAUAUUUCUGAAGAUUUAUCUUCAACAGAAUUGUAUAUUCUCUGCAGAGCCGAGGACACUGAUGUGAAUCCUCGUGUGAUAGAUUUGCCCUUGCUACCAAGUGCUGUGCCUAUACCACUAGCUAUUAACGCAAACUUGAAAGGUCAAAUAUCAGGGAAAGUUAAAAUAUUACUUUGCAAGAAAUCAAAUCCGAAACCUUUGGUUAUUACGACUGUAAUAUUGCCAGCCGCCGAGGAAGAUUUUGAAAUCUGAAGAGUUAUUUAAAUUGUAAUUGAGA